AUGAGAAUAGUUGUUAAGGACUUACCGGAAUCUACAACGAAGGAGGAGGUUGAGAAGGAGUUUUCGAAGCAUGGAAAGAUAACAGAUGUGUUUAUGGCAAAGAACGAGCGGGGGAAGUUCAGAAGGAUAUGCUUUAUAGGAUACAUGGGGGAAAAGGAGGGAAUGGAAGCGAUAAGAUAUCGGGACGGGUCUCUGUUCAAGAACCAGAAGAUAAGAUGUGAGGCAUUGAGGGAGGGGGCAGCCCAAACAAGCGAGUCUGAGGAGAGGAUGAUCAAAUACUCAAGAAAAAUCUUUAUUAGGAAUAUUCCCACUGAAUCUGACGAGCAGCUUAUUCACGAUGUUUUCAAGGAGUAUGGAGAGAUCGAGGAGGUCGGGUUGCUGGAUCUGAGAGAAAGAAAAGGGGCAUAUGUGAAAUUCAGCAAAGGAGAGUGUGCGCUGGAGGCGUAUCGAAACGUAAAGAUCAUUGGAGGAAUGAAGGCAAGGAUGUUUCCAUGGAAGGAUAAGGCCGAGAAAGGUCGAUACGAGCACUACAACACACUAUUCUUCAACUUUGAGUCGAUUGUGAAGAGGAUAUGUGAGAGUGAAAGAAUUGGGAUCAAGGAGCUUGUCGAUGUUAAUGAUAAAGACUUAGGUACCAGGAUGGCACUCAUUGAAACACACUUAGUCCAAGAAACAAAGGAGUUUUUGGAGAAUAAUGGGAUUUAUUUGGAUAAUCUUACUGGAGAUACUGAUAAGAAGACACUGAUAAUCCGUAACAUGGAGCUUAUGAAGUGCCUAGACCUUAUAGACAGCAGAUGCAAAAUCAGUAUUGCACCUUCUAAAUGUUUAGCGCUUCUUAAAUUUGAAGAGGAGGAAGAGGCUAGAAAAUGCUACAGAAAGUUGAAUCUGAAAAGAAUGAAGGAGCAGGUUAUCUACUGCGAAUAUGCACCAAUGUGCAAUGUUUCUAAAAGCACGAGAGAAGAGAUGCCGGAAGACAAGCCAAGAAAGGGCCAGCCUAUCAACAAGCUUCUCAUCAGGAAUGUUCCAUUCCAGGCUUCUGAGGAGGAAAUUAGAAGGAUGUUCAAUUCGUUCCAUGUGGUGGAUGUAAGAAUUCCGGUAAAGAGGGAGGGGACAAGCAGAGGCUUCUGCUUUGUGACACUAGGCUCGCCCGAUGAAGUUACUGCAGCCAUAAAGCAUUUUGGAAGCAGCACACAUCUCUAUGGAAGGCGUCUUGUUCUCGAAAAGGCAAAGUCUUAA